AAUUGGCCAAAUAAAACGUAAUAAUGUUCUCGUUAUAUCACGACGACAUCUGGCCCCAGAAUGACCUCCACUUGCCCGCGGGGGCCGCAGUUGUGGCGCUGGUGCAACAACGCCAGCUGCGGAUGUGCCGGCUGCGUCCAGUGUGCGACCGACAUGCCUCCGGUUCGGCCCUUAGAGCCAGGCGAGCCGGACCGACGCUAGGAGAGUCGGCGAGUUUUAAAGGUCUCAGUGGCAACCGAGGUGUGGAUGAGGGAAAAAAAGAAGACUGAGGGUCUACAAGUUGCUAUCUGCUGACUGAGCCACUCGUCUAGCUGUGUAUGUUUUUGUUUUUGUUUUGUUUCAAAUCUUGGGGCCUGUUGGUCUGCUUUGGCUGAACUGGAGCCAUGGAUAUGGCCCUGGUAGACUUUGGGAGCCUAGAUGACCUCGACGCCAGCCUUGAGGAUGAGGACACUUAUGCGGAUGAGACCACAGCGCUUACUUUGGACAUACGGUCAGAACACGACACGGCGGGCGGCAACUACCGACUGCGAUCCCCGCAGUUUGCCGCCUGUACGCCAUCCCAGCCCAGUCCUGUUCCUUCGUGCAUGUGGGAAUCCACAUCAUCAACACCGCUCCCAUUUAUCCAGACACUUGAAGUACCCAAUUCCAUGCUUACUCCAAGCAUAGACGGGAGAAGUAGUCGCUCCAGCAUGAUCUCCAACUGGAAGCUGCUCCUAAGCAGUGAAGGCACGAAGGAAAGCGAGACAAUCUUCAGCCAACUUGCUAAGGAGUGCCGCGAGGACCUUUUUGUGGAUAAAAGAGGGCUGGACGAUGGAGACCAAAAAGUCAUUAUUAACAUCGCAGGUCUUCGCUUCGAGACUCAGCUCAAAACAUUAGACCAGUUUCCUGAUACGCUGCUGGGAGACCCUCAGAAGAGAAUGGACUAUUUUGAUCCAAUGAGGAAUGAAUACUUCUUUGACCGGAACCGACCCAGCUUUGACGGGAUUUUGUAUUACUACCAAUCUGGGGGUAAGGUCAGACGCCCAGCAAAUGUUCCUCUGGAUGUGUUUGCUGAUGAAAUCAUAUUUUACCAGCUGGGAAAUGAAGCCAUGGAGCAGUUUCGCGAUGAAGAGGGAUUCCUCAGAGAUGUUGACAUACCACUACCUAAUAAUGAUAUCUCCAGACAAUUCUGGCUGCUGUUUGAGUACCCAGAGAGCUCCAAUGCAGCUCGGUGUGUUGCACUGGUGUCCGUGCUCGUUAUAGUCAUCUCCAUCAUUAUUUUCUGCAUGGAAACGCUGCCGGAAUUCAGAGAUGACACUGACAUUGUUUUGCCCGCCUCCAUAAAGCCUGUCAACCUCUCCAGAGCUUACACUUCUGUGGCUCCACCUGGUGUGAUGCCCACAGUUUUCUCUGAUCCCUUUUUCAUUAUUGAGACUGCCUGCAUUGGCUGGUUCUUCUUUGAGCUCUGCUUGAGAUUUCUGGUCUGCCCGAGCAAAAGAGAGUUUUUCCACAACCUGAUGAACAUUAUUGAUAUCGUAUCCAUCAUCCCCUAUUUUGUCACAGUGGUUACAGAACUGGUCACAAAGACGGAAGAGAGCUCUGGACAGAAUAUGUCUUUGGCCAUUCUUCGGAUUAUCCGUCUGGUCAGGGUGUUUCGUAUUUUUAAACUCUCGCGCCACUCCAAGGGGCUGCAAAUCCUGGGACAGACCCUCAAGGCCAGUAUGAGAGAACUUGGCUUGCUCAUCUUCUUCCUCUUUAUUGGAGUUAUCCUUUUCUCCAGCGCUAUCUACUUCGCUGAGGUAGACGAGCCGAACACACAGUUUGUCAGCAUACCCGAUGGCUUCUGGUGGGCAGUGGUGACCAUGACUACUGUAGGCUACGGGGACAUGUGUCCCAUCACGCUCGGGGGUAAACUUGUCGGGACCUUGUGCGCCAUUGCAGGUGUGCUGACCAUCGCUCUGCCUGUUCCUGUCAUUGUCUCCAAUUUCAACUAUUUCUAUCACAGAGAGACUGAAGCAGAGGACAAGCUGUCCUUGGCAGAUGCUGUUGAGCAAGCCAUAAUGGAGGACUUGGGUACCAAACAAAGGAGCAGCACUUCGCUGAAUAAAGCCAAUGGCAUCUGACACAGUGACAUAACUAAGAAUCAGUAUUUGUUUAGAAGCGUCUUGAAUUUACACACUUAUUUUCACAUAAAAAGUGUAAGAAU